CCAUGCCGGUGAUUCUGCAUACAAGUUACAAAUCCAAGUACGCUUACAGAAAAUGAUGCUCGGUGAACCUCACCGCCCUAAUCCAACGGUGCUUGUUCCUCCGUGGUCAGCCUUCGAUGAUCCUACGGCCGAUCUUUACUCUUUCAGUCCGCUAAGCGGGGUCUCCGUCAACUCCAAUGGCAAUGACACUAACCACUUUCAGCUCCAGGAGGCUCUUACGGCGCUCCAGCGUUACUUGCCGUCUAAUGAUCCGGAUGUCGACUCGGACUCUGAGAUUUCGGGUCUGGAUGUUGACUCUCCGGUGGACGCUUAUUCAUGCGAUCACUUCCGUAUGUUCGAGUUCAAGGUGAGGCGGUGCGCACGUGGCAGGUCACAUGACUGGACUGAGUGUCCGUACGCGCAUCCGGGAGAGAAGGCACGGAGGAGAGACCCGAGGAAAUAUCACUAUACCGGUACGGCGUGUCCGGAAUUUCGGAAGGGAAGUUGCAGGAAGGGUGACGCGUGUGAGUUCGCACACGGAGUAUUUGAGUGCUGGCUUCACCCGGCUCGCUAUCGUACGCAGCCGUGUAAAGAUGGGAGUAACUGCCGGAGACGUGUGUGCUUCUUUGCUCACACACCAGAGCAACUCAGGGUUUUGCCCCAGCAGAGCCCAAAGAGUAUUAUCACUGCCGACUCGUACGAUGGGUCUCCUUUAAGGCAGGCGAUGGAAGCCUCUUGUUCAAAAACGCUGCCGUUCACGUCCUCUCCGGUGUUUAUUUCACCCCCUUCAACUCCACCAACAGAGUCGCCGCCUUUGUCUCCACUGACCCAUUCUCUCAGUUUUUCACCCUGCUCCCACUCGAUUAACGAAAUGGUGACUUCUCUGAGGAAUCUGCAGCUCGCUAAGGUUAAAUCGUUACCCUCUUCCUAUAACGCAGAGAUUGGUGGUGCCGGUUACGGGUCCCCCAGAGGGUCAAUCUUCCGACCCGGAUUCUAUAGCUUGCCCGCGACUCCAACUGGGGCUCCCACCCGGACUGGAAUCGGGUACCGUGAUUUCUGGGACAAAGCUUGUGAGGAAGAGCCUGCGAUGGAGAGGGUUGAGUCAGGGAAAAGCCUGCGAGCGAAGAUGUUCGAGAGACUAAGCAAGGAGAACUCUAUAGAACGGGUUGACCAGGAUUCUUCAAGCGGUGCUCCUGAUGUUGGGUGGGUCUCGGAGCUGGUAAAUCUAAACUAAGCUGCACAAGCAAGAAUAUGAAAAUCGAUUGUUGAAGAGAUUCUGAUUGAAAUUGUUAAGAAUCUUAUCUUGGAUUUCGUUUUUGGUGAGGUACUCUCAGUGUGAAUAUCUGGAGUAAGAGAGGAGAAGAUGGUACUGGUUAUCCCGUGGUCUGUAUAUGGUAAUUACUAUAAUUAUGAGUAUUGGCAAGUGGUGUUUAUGGUUGAAGAGUAAUCUUUUUCUUUUCUUUUUUCUCUGGGGAAGAAUAGAAUCAGAUGAUCUUCUGAUUUGCAUUUGAAGCUGAUCUUUCUGUAAAUUUUCUAAGCUCUGCUACCCUUUUAGGUGCUGACGAUGCAAAAUUGAUGAAAAAUACAUAUUUUGAUUAUGCUUUCAUGUAUUCUCUUAUUCUCAAACCAGUUUGGACAAGAUGUGUACAACA